ACUCCUAAAACCCUGCCACUGAGGAGUCUCUCCAUUUUCGAUUUGAUCUCCGGAGCAAAAUCACUUCUCCGACCAUGAAAUUAGGAUUUCUACCGUCUAAAUCUCUCCUCUUCCACCUCUCUUCUUCCUCCACCGCCCAAUCUCCCCGUCGAGCGAUCGCCGUUUUCGUCAAUAACUUUCAAUCCUCUACAUUUUCCACCACCACUGCCUCCGGCUCCGGAUCCAGCCAUUCUUCUUCGAGGCGUUCUCAUAACGACGAAGAUUCGCGAUCUGUUAGGGUUUCGGUGUGGUGGGACUUGGAUAAAUGUAAUUUGCCGGUGGGUGCCAAAGUCUUCAAAGUAGCGCAAUACAUCACCGCAGCUAUCAGAAACAGCGGAAUCAAAGGUCCGAUCACAAUCACAGCCUUCGGCGACGUUUUUCAGCUCCCCAGAUCAAACCAAGACGCUCUCUCCGCUACCGGAAUCAGUCUCUCUCAUGUUCCUCAAGGUGGGAAGAACAGUGCUGAUAGAUCUCUGAUUACGGAUCUAAUGUGUUGGGUUUCUCAGAACCCACCUCCAGCUCAUCUCUUCCUAAUCUCUAGCGACGAGGAAUUCGCAAGUGUGUUGCACAGAUUGAGGAUGAGCAACUACAACAUUCUGCUCGCGAGCAAAUCAUCUGCUCCUGGUGUUUUGUGUAGUGCUUCUUCGAUUAUGUGGGAUUGGGAUGCUUUGAUCAAAGGAGAUAAUGUCACUGGUAAGUACUUUAAUCAGCCUCCAGAUGGUCCUUAUAACUCUUGGUAUGGUCACUAUAGGGUUCCUCUUCUUGACCCAUUUGCAACCACCACCACUGACCAAUCGUCUAGUGUGAAAACCGAAGAAGUGUCCGAGUCGAUUUCCGAUUCGGAAUCGAAUUCUGUCAACGUUCGUCCUAUCCCAAAAGAAGUUGUUGACAAGAUUCGUCUGAUAUUGAGCUUAUAUCCCAAAGGGGCACCCCUUUCCGAGCUACACGCUGGGCUGAUUAAGAGCAACUUGGCAAUAGAUAAAGACUUCUAUGGACAUAAGACGUUCUCUCGGUUUCUACUAUCCAUGCCAGAUCUCUUUCAAGUUAAUACAGCAAAUGAUGGCUUGUUUGUUGUUCGUGCUGUCACCGAAAUAGCAAUUCCUACGCGAAUUGAUUCCAGUCCUGGCUUGUCUAUUGCCGUUGAUCAGAAGGUUAAAGAGAAGGAAACUGCAAAUGCUUCAUCGCCAAAACCAACGAACGAUGUGGAACUUGCUGCUGAAAGAAGAAGAGGUGACUCGCUUGGAAAGAAGCAGGAAAAUGUAAUGGAGAAUGAUAAACAUGUCAAAGAGAAAGCGCCAGAGAGUUCCCAAGAGUCAAUUCUGGUCAACCAGAAGGAGGACGUUAAGGCAAAUGACAAUCCCGUGGAGACGAAUCAAGUCUCUCUUAUAGCGGGGAGUGAAUCUUCCAUGAAAGGUGGCUUUUUUCAGAAGCUAAAAAGGCUGUGGUCUGGUUCACCUGAGAUGGAAUCAGAGCAUCUCCCAGAAAACAAAAGUGGGGACAAGGACGACGGGGUUAUUAAUGAUGACAAGGCUGAGGAUAAGGACUUAAAAUCAUCAAGACAGGGAACUGAUCCCAUGUCUCAAAUCUCAACUUCCUGUACUAAUGAACCUGCAGAGGAGGUAAAAGCUGGAAGUUAUGUAGUAGGAAAUAAUGAUAAAAAUGCAAGUCCAGGCUUUUUUAGUCAACUUCUGAAGAAUUUCAAGUUCUGGGGAAGAAACACAGGGCUUUGCAAUGACCCGAGUGGGAAUCAGAAGCUGGUUGAUGUUGGUUCUCAAGUGCAUGACAUUUUUGCAGAAGAAUCUUCUUGGAGCGAUGUUAAAUCUUUCAUUAAUUCUCCAAGAGGCUUCGUUAUUGUUUCCCACUCAAGGACAAGGGAAAUGAUGGCUAAGAAUCUGCAGAGGGAAGGGCCUUCGUGUCUCAAACUGCUCGAUGAGUCAAGCAUGCUUCAUUUAGUUACCUUAUUAAUAUCAGAUAAGAAAUGGAUUGAAGAAAACCCCUCUUCUUCCCUACCAUUCAGCAUCAUCAAAGGGUCUAGCAUUAGCCACCGUCAUCCUUCAAACGGUUUGAGCUCAAUAUUCUCGGAUUGUACGAAAUCACAGUUGCAGAAACAAGACGGUGAGAAAAGGUUUAAGAACGUUGCUCAUGCUGGAGUUUCUCUUGGUUACAAAAGUACUGCAAUUGCUGACUGUCAGAAGCUGAUAAAGAAGAUAACAGAGAAAAACCCUGAAGGGUAUAACCUUAUUCGUUUCAGAAAAGACUUCUUGGAGGAAUACGGAUACCAUUUAGCGGUUGACAAGCUUGGUCACGAAAACCUACAGUCUCUGGUACAAGCAAUGCCUGGAGUGAGAAUAUCAUCUGGAUACAUUCUUCCUUCAACUUCUUCACCAGGUGCCAAGUCUACAAAAGAAGAUGAGUCCGACUUGUCAUUUGAAGAACUCGGUCCUGUUUCUGAUGCAACAGCUAACCACCAGACGACCAAAAAGCUUCCAGUGUAUGAACCCUCUCUUUCGGAGGAUGAAGAUUCUGGUCCAGAGAGAGACAGCCCGAAGAAAAAGAAGCAAGUGAUGAAUGGGGAAAAUAAAGAUAGCUCGCUAUUGCAAAUUCUGGAUUCUUAUUACACAAGCAAAGAUGAGGAAGUUAAGAAGGAGAAACCAGAGGAGAGAAAGCUUGUGAACAAUGUUAGGAAGUCAAAGCCUUCAAAGACGUAUUCUUUUGUUAAAGAUUAAGAAGUCCAGUAAGUCCGAUAGUGUUUCUGCCGGGAAAUUGAGUGUUUAGCUAAAUUUUGGAAGUCGGUUUGAGGUUUGGUCUAUGGUAAACGGAAUCCGGUUUACGAGAAAUAAGGUCAAAUCGGUUCAAAGUGUAAUUUAGUUUCCAUGAAGAUUUCCUUAUUU